GUGCUUUCUCUGUACGCAGCGCGCCACGUACCUAUCUCCAUCGCCAGCCUCCUUACUGAACGGACCCCAAAAAACACCCACCUCUGUUGCCACCCAUCAACCCUCACCUCACGCCCGCGAACCCUUAUCCGCGUGCACCACUCACACUCCACCGCACCAUCACAAACUCGUCACAAAAAUGGGCAAAGCGCCCUCCCAUACCGACGCGCGCGUCCUCCCCCUCAUCCCCCUUGCAGCCGGCUCUGUCCUCCUCCCCGGCACGACCCUGCGCAUCCCGAUCGCGAACCGCGGCGACGUGGCAGCCAUCCUUGCGAAGAUAUAUGCCCGAGCCGAGACGGCCGCCAAAGAUGCACAGAUACUGGUGGGCUGUGUGCCGCUGGGCUCGAGCCUGGUGUCCAAGGACGGCAAUCUGCUGAUUGAGGGGAAGGGGAAGAGCGGGAAGAGCAACAUCGAGCAGGACCCUGUGCUGGCGACAGCGAAGGAUGUGUUUGGAGUCGGAUGCGUGGGAAAGGUGUCUGGUGUGCAGGGGCGGAGGCAGGGGGAGCUGAGUUUAGUGGUCGAGGGGUUGGAGAGGUUUAGGGUGAAGGAGGUGUUACAAGAGAGGCCGUUCUUCGAAGGAGUUGUCGUCGAUGUUGAGGAUAUAGUAAAUAUCUCCAAUGCCGAAGUUGCGGAGCUGUUCCAGCAUCUCAAGCAGCUCUCCCGAGAGCUCCUUGCCCUCGUCCGACUCUCCUCUAUCCUUCCUCGCGCCCCCUCUAUCUCGCUCUCCCCAAUAGCAGCACGCCGACUGGAGCUGUACAUUGCACGCAAGACUAUCGACGAAGCAGGAUCCCUAGCAGAUUUCAUGGCCAAUGUGGUCGACUGCACACAUGAAGAGAGGUUGCGGAUACUGGCCUCGUUUGACGUCAAGGAACGGCUCGAGCGCGUUAUCGAGGUCUUACAGAAGCAAAUUCGAGGGAUUCAGGGAAGCACGCGAAUCACAGUCACAUCGACUGCGACCCCAAGCAGCGGGAUGUUUGAUAUGGACGCCUUGAGAAGACUACAACAAGAGGCAAUCCGGAGAAGGUCAGGAGGCGGCGCUCCCGGAAACAUGCCGCCUGGGUUCCCCGGGUUUCCAGGUGGUAGGCAAGGUGGCGGAGAGGAAGAGGCGAAUGAGCUAGACGAACUCAAGAAGCGUUUGGAUGAUGCCGGAUUGAGUCCCGAGGCAGACAAGGUUGCACAACGGGAGUUGCAACGUCUGCAGAAGAUGAACCCAGCACAGGCCGAGUACCAGGUCUGCCGGAACUACCUUGAGAAUCUUGCGGAAAUCCCGUGGACGAAGAUGACUGAAGAUAACUUGGACGCGGCGACAUUGUCCAAGGCGAAGAAGCAACUCGACGAUGAUCAUUACGGUCUCGACAAGAUUAAAAAGAGGCUAUUGGAGUACCUAGCCGUGCUUAAGCUGAAGCAGGCUGCGAAUGCGGACAUAGAUGUCCAAAUCAAGCAGCUGAGCGAUACUGCUAACGUAACACCUGACGCGAAGGAGGAAGAGAAGGAAGAGGUGGAGAAGAAAGAGCCCAAAGUGGUUAGUGAUGCCGAGUUGAGGCUCAUCGAGAGGAAGCGUAUGGUCGACAAAUCACCUAUUCUCCUGCUUGUUGGUCCACCAGGAACCGGGAAGACAAGUCUUGCAAAGUCUGUUGCAACGGCUUUAGGUCGAAAGUUCCAUCGCAUCUCCCUCGGUGGUGUUCGAGAUGAAGCAGAGAUUCGAGGACACCGAAGGACUUAUGUGGCUGCCAUGCCCGGUCUUCUUGUCAGCGGUCUCAAGAAAGUCGGCGUCGCUAAUCCGGUAAUUCUUCUGGAUGAGAUUGACAAGCUGGGUCAAAGCAACUUCCAUGGCGACCCAAGUGCAGCCAUGUUGGAGGUCUUGGAUCCAGAGCAGAACCACACCUUCACAGAUCACUACGUCAACAUCCCCAUCGACCUCAGCAAGGUUCUUUUCAUCGCUACAGCCAACUCUCUCGACACCAUUCCUCCCCCCCUCCUUGACCGUAUGGAAACUAUUCAACUCUCCGGCUACACCACCCUCGAAAAACGACACAUUGCCACCCGUCACCUUCUCCCCAAACAAAUCACCACUAACGGCCUCGCCUCCGACCUCGUCCAACUCACACCCGAGGUUCUAGACAAGAUCAUCGCCGCCUACACCCGCGAAUCCGGUGUACGCAACCUUGAGCGAGAAAUCGGCUCCGUCUGCCGCUCCAAAGCCGUCGAGUACGCCAACGCCAAAGACGCAAACUCCCUCCCGACCUACAACCCCACCGUCUCCCUCGACGACCUUGACACCAUCCUCGGCAUCGAGCGCUUCGCCGAAGAACUCGCCGAGCAGCAUGCCCGUCCCGGCGUCGUCACCGGUCUCGUCGCCUACUCCACCGGUGGCCAGGGCAGCAUCCUCUUCAUCGAGGUCGCCGACAUGCCGGGCACCGGGCGCGUACAGCUGACCGGCAAGCUCGGCGAUGUGCUCAAGGAGAGUGUCGAGGUCGCACUGACGUGGGUGAAAGCGCACGCGUUUGAGCUCGCGUUGACGCACGCACCUGAAGAGGAUAUCAUGAAGAACCGCAGCAUCCACGUGCAUUGCCCGUCUGGCGCUAUCCCGAAGGACGGGCCGAGUGCAGGGCUCGCGCAUACGGUGGCGUUGAUUUCGCUGUUCUCGGGGAAGGCGGUGCCGCCGAGCUUGGCGAUGACUGGCGAGGUGAGCUUGAGAGGGCGUGUGCUUCCGGUUGGGGGCAUCAAGGAGAAGCUGAUUGGGGCGUUGCGGGCGGGUGUAGAGAGGGUGUUGCUGCCGGAGGGGAAUAGGAAAGAUGUCAGGGACUUGCCGACCGAAGUGCUGGAGGGCUUGAGGAUCGACCAUGUCAGUCAUAUCUGGGAGGCGUUGAAGUUUGUGUGGCCCGAGUCGAGCUGGCCGGGGGAGAGGAGGUGGGGAGCGGGUGGGUUUGAGAGUAGAUUGUAAAUUGUGGGAUUUGGACGUGGGUGUUUUGGGUUCAUAGGAGCUGGAUGGGGGAUGAGCAUGUGGCAUGUAAUUAGUUUGAGCGCUCUCAAUUCAGCUCCUUGAUGUUAAUAUUGACGACUUGUAGCUGGUCCGCUGGCGUCUUGAGAUUGAGAUUUUCUAGGUUUUGUGUCGACUAAUUCUAAGAGAUAUGCACUUUCCUUACAAGU